UGUUUUUCUACACACAAUAAGAAGGAACGCCGGUGCUCAUCUUUGAAGCGCUUUCACGUCAGACGGUAAAUCCUUUCCAGGGAUUUGCUUUGACAAAGAAAACAACAGUAAGAGUCGCGUUUCAAAUAAAUCCCCGUGGCAUUUAAAAACAAAAAGCAAUUGAAAGGCAAGCUGUUGCUAUGAGAGGCUGCUAUUUAGUUUAUAGCUCCCUCUCAUGUUUUGAGUGUGUGAGACCGCGAGAGGCGAGCGGAGGGUGUUCCUCCCUUGCAUCACAGCCAGGGACAGCUGACUGGUUGGGAUGUAAUUGCUCUCAAGUGAGGGCAGCGGGAGACAUUUAUCUCAGCCACAGCCGAGGAUGCACACGCACAGUGAGUCUGCCAGGAGCAGUCAAGCAUCCAUCGGAACAGACACAAACUCGCAGCUCUUUCUACUGCUCAGCCAAAUUGGUGCUGCAAGGGAUUACAACUCUGGCAAUUCCUUUCAUCACAUACUUAUGGUCUCGGGGAUGGAGAAGACAAUAUGUUGCAUCACUGAAGAUUAAAAAAGAAUCCCCCAGUGGACGCCAUCUCCUGUUCUCCAGCCUCUUUGAACUCCAACCAACUUUCAGAAGUGUUCCCUCCACAAGUAGUCUGACUCGGGACUCCCUGCUGCAAGAACACGGACCCUGAGGUCGCAACCGGAGCGACGAGAGUUCAAGGGGGUUCACUUGGGCUGAGGGAUAGGGCGCAGAUCUCGUCUCUCGUUUCAGUAUGUUUUUCAUUGAUCCCCACUGCAUUGUAUUAUAAUGCGCAAAUGGAUGCCGACAUGGAACCUUCCAAAUCUGUUCUCGGGACUCUACCUGCAUGCCGUCUUCCUAUUCAGCAGUGUGUGUGUGGCCUACAGUGACUGCACUCCAGCGCAACUCGCUGCCAUCAUGAACUGUUCGAGACACGAGCGACACACCAGGAAUUAUGACUACAUGGAGGGAGGAGAUGUACGGAUCCGACAGCUAUUCAGCCGCACUCAGUGGUUCCUGACAAUUGAUGACGAAGGCAACAUCAGUGGGACUCAAGACCUAACCAAUUGUUACAGCAUCCUCGAGAUCAGGACAGUGUCCGAGGGCGGCAUACUGGCUAUCAAAGGCAUAAAGAGUCAGCAUUACAUCUCCAUGAACAAAGCUGGACAGCUGCAAGGAAAGAGGACCUACAGUGAAAACUGCGACUUCAAAGAGGUUUUCCUAGAAAACUACUUUAAUGCAUACUCCUCGGCAAAGUGGACUAAAAAUGGCAAAGAAAUGUUCAUAGCACUGUCUCAGAAGGGGCGGGCCAUGCGGGGGAAGAAGACCAGGAGGGAGCACGUCGCGUCGCACUUCAUCCCCAUGAAAUGCAGGGAAGAGGAGAGGAGGGCGGAUUGAGACUCGACUCGCUCUGUGUACGAAUUCACUUAGCAAAUAUGUUAAUGGACAUGUAAACUCAUCCCUGGCUAUGCACCGCUCUUCUCAAGGCUACCAUCAGGUUUGACAGUUUAGGAUUUGCAGUCUUUCACAGCAUAUUAUUCCUGUGGUGCAAGAGAACAUUUCCUCAAACCAACAUCCUCAUAAAGUCCAACAUUUUGCAGGCAAUCUUCCCAGAGACGGACGGCUCCUAUUUUCCCUUCUUGUUGAUAUAAUGGCCAUGUGUCCCAAUACUUUUGUCCAAAUCGCAUAUGUGUCAGCUGGUAUAACAACAAACCAAUACCUUUAAAUAUCUUGUCUUCAGACAACGCUACUCAAACACAGACAAGUGGUUUGACUUGCAUCACCUGCUUUUUACACCACAAUUCAAUAUUAUUAUUUUAUUAAUAAAUAUUAUAUUUCUUUACAAA